GAUGGUUGUCGGUGCGUUUCCGAUCGCCAAGCUCCUCUAUCUGGGAGUGAGGCAAAUGAGCAAGCCCGUCGCUAACAGGAUAAAAGCUGGAGCCCGGCGGAGCGAGUUUUUCAAGAAUUAUAUCUGUCUGCCACCAGCGCAGUUCUACCACUGGAUCGAGAUGAGGACAAAGAUGCGCAUCAUGGGAUUUCGGGGUGCCACUAUCAAGCCACUGAACGAGGACGCUGCGGCAGAGCUGGGCGCUGAGCUGUUAGGAGAGGCAAUCAUCUUCCUUGUAGGCGGUGGCUGCAUGGUGCUGGAGUACAGCCGACAGGCGGCAAACUCCCGACGUAAAGAGGAAGAGCUGAACGAAACCCUCCACAGCUUACAGACUCAACUGGCCGAGCUUGAACUCACCACAGAGACACUCAGCGCUCAGCUCAGAGAAGUCAAUAGACAGCUGGUGUCGUUCCCUGUGCCGGCCAAAAAGUGACCCCUGAAUAAUCUUGGUACAACAGUCUACCAACCAACCGCUGCUUCCUGUGAUGUCACUGGGAAGAAAUGGGCAGAGCAUCUCAUGGGACAUGAGAGUUAAUGAUCAGCUCAUGUUUUGGAGCAACUAGCUAUGAUAUUCAUAGUUUUCCAGGUUGCUCUUGCAUGUGCCAUGUAAAAAGGUUUUCAAUAAAAGUGAUGGUGAUUACACUAUUAAUAUAUCUGAUCACAACUCCAGGAUGUGAUUUUUUUCCUGAUAUGCUUGAAUGUGGCAGUGGACUUUUUGUGUGAAUAUCUUCUUGACUUGACUGGUUGACAAUAAAUACAUACUGAUCCAGGA